AAACUCAUGGCUCUGAGCGCUGACUCGGUAAACAGUUUGUAACUGUAAUCUAAAUUGAAAUUAUAAUUAAAAAUUAUCAAAAAUUGUGUGAAAGCCUGUAUUAAAAUACAAUGUUUAAUUGAGUGUGUGUUUUCUUAUAAACGCAACAAGGAUAAUAUAACACUUUGGUUAGAAACAUGAAAGUAAAACAAGAAAAUGUAUUAUUGAUAUAGAAUACAAAUUAAAUAUAUCCAUGAGUAAAACAGAACAUAGAUAUGGCAGAUUUAUUUAAAAAUGAACCUGAAAAUGUAGCUUUUCAAUCUACCGAGGAAGAACAAGUAAAACCCAAGUAUCAUUCAAACCAAAUACAAACAGAACAAUGCAAUAAUGAUUUGAAAUUUGAGUCAACUGAAAAUGACUUUAAGUAUCAAAUCUUACAUACUGAAGACAUGGAAUUUAAGCCAAAUAUAAUAUAUGAUACCCCAAAAGAUGAAGAAAUAAAUGAAAAAGGUGUUCAUUCUUUAGUUGUUGUAAAGGAUAGUAUGGUUAGUGAUGUGUUGGGGGAUCGAGAAAAGAAGCCGUUCCAAUGCACAAUUUGCCUGAAACAAUACAGCCUAAGUCAAAAUCUUGACCGCCAUUUUUUAACAUUACACAAAGGUAUAAAACGCUUCCAAUGUAGGAUCUGUUGGAAGAGAUUCACUACAAAAGGAUCUCUCACUUAUCAUAUUCGAAUUCAUUCUGGAGAGACGCCUUUUAAAUGUAAAGUUUGUCCGCGACAGUUCAGAAAUAUACAUGCAUUGAAAAAACAUAUGAGGUUACAUACUGGCGAAAACCUUCUAAAAUGUCAAUAUUGUUCUAAACAGUUUACAAACACCUAUAAUUUUCAAAGUCACUUAUAUACACAUUCUGAAGAAAAACCAUUCCAAUGCACAAUUUGCUUCAAACAGUUCACAACAAACACGAGUCUAAAUCGCCAUUUAUUUUACCACAAAGGAUUAAAACCCUUCGAAUGUGCGAUCUGUUCAAAAAGAUACACUACAAAAGCAGCUCUCAUUUAUCAUAUUCGAUCUCAUUCUGGAGAGACACCUUUUCAAUGUAAAAUUUGUCCGAAACAGUUCAAAGCGAAAUAUUUAUUAAACAGACAUAUGAGAGUACACACUGGUGAAAAUCCAAAAUGUGAAUAUUGUUCUAGACAAUUUAGACAAAACUAUUUACUUCAAAGACAUCUACAGAUGCAUAUUGGAGACAAGCCUUUUGAAUGUGAUAUUUGUUAUGAAAAGUUCUUCGAGAAUGAUCAGUGCCUCACACAUAAACGUACACAUGUGAAGCUACACACGGAAGAAAAUAUUUUCAAGUGUGAAAAAUGCUCCAAAGAGUUUAGAAAAAACUACCUACUUCAAAGACACUUACAUAGGCACCCAGAAGAAAAAUCACACAAGUGUGACGUUUGUUCUAUUACAUUCGCAUAUAUAGUUGACCUUAAAAAACAUAUAUGCAAGCGUUCUGAAGACAAACCUUUUAAAUGUGAUGUUUACGAUAAAAAAAUCACUCAUAAUAACCAAUGCAUACUUCACACAAGUACACAUUCAGCAGGUUCUCUAGAAACAGUUUGUAUGGAUCCACAAAAAUUAAAUCUGCAAAUGAAAGUUCAUCCAAACAAGUUCAAAUGUGAUAUUUGUUCCCAAGUGUUUACAGAAAAUGAUCAGUUCAUGCAACAUAAAUUGGUACACACUAAAGAAACUCAGCAAUGUAUGGUUGGUUCUCUAAAAUUUGAACAAAUAGAUAGUUUUACUGAACAUUUACAAUGCCACACAAAAGAAACAAUUAUCAAAUGUAACGUUUGCUCUGAAGAAUUUAAAGAAAGUGAUCAAUUAACUCAACAUAUGCUGCUACAUACCGAAGAAACGGUUUUGCAACAAGUGCUAGUAUCACAUGAAACAAACAAUGUUUCAUGUGAGACUAGCUCCCCUAUGUCUCCAGAAACUGAUCAAGCAACCCAACACUUCGAACAAAAAUCUGUGCAGCAUAUUCCAUGUGACACUACAGAAACUAAUCAAUCGACACACGAUAUGGAAAUAAAACGCUUCAAGUGUAACAUAUGUUCAAAAAGAUUUUCAUCACAUCCAUCUCUGAUUUACCAUAGACGCAUACACACGGGUGAAAAACCAUAUAAAUGUGAAAUUUGCCUGAAACGGUUUAGAGCAAAACCGUUUUUAAAUAAACAUAUGAGAUCUCAUACUGGAGAAAAAUUAAGGUGUAAAUAUUGUUUCAAACAGUUCACACAAUUUUCUUCCUUUAUGCGUCAUAUCCAAAGUCAUAUAGGUCAAAAACCCUUUCGGUGUGAUUUUUGCUUUAGGAGAUUCAACUGGAAAAAUAACCUAUAUAGACAUUUACAAGAACAUGCAGGAGAAGAACGUUUAUAGAAAAUCCCAUGUAAGAAUAGUAUAACAAUUUCAACAGAAAAUAAGUCAACUCAACCUAUGUUGGUAUAUGCAGAAAAAGAACCGUCCGAUCAAAUUUCAUUUGUUGAAUGUUCUAUAAUGUCAACAAAAAAAGAUCAGUCAUCCAAUAUAGGGGAGAGUAGUACACAAUGAGACAUGGUACACAAUAAGACAUUCUAAAUUUUUUUUUUUAAUUUAUCGCCAAGUUUCAAUUCUGCAAUCAACAUUGGUUGUGUUCACCAGACUCAAUCGCGUAGAAGCUGCUUGCACGCGGCUUAUAAUCGAUUCUGGUGAACGAUGUGCUGAUCAUGCGCUAUCUCCAAGCGGCUAUAAGCGGUCGCCAUUUUAUUCAGCCUUAAAUUUGUUGUGCUUAAUCAUCGCUGAAUGGAUGAAUAGCUUAUUCUAAUAGUCGAAUUCCGCCAACAUAUAAAUUUAUCAAAUAAAAAAUGGCAAAUUUAUUUGAAAUAGAAUAUAAAUAUAAUAACACUAUAAAAAAUAAUAUAUAAAUAAAUAUAAAAUAUCGUCCCCAAACAA